UGAAGCACCACCCUGUGUCCCGCUGGGAGAGUCCACUGCCGGGGGGAGCCGAGGGGCGGACAGGGGGAAAUCUUCUCAGCGUCGUUGUGCGGGAGCACCCGGGGGGAAAGGCGUUCGGUGGGUUCCGGGGCGUCUCGCUUCGUUGCUCGGCAGGGCGGGUGCGCUGUGCGUGGAGGUGCGGGAGGGCUGCGUUCUCCCGCGGCUCCCCCCGGUCUCGCCCGGCUCGGUGGCGCGGCCCUGGGUCAGCGCUGAGGCGAGUCGGCGCUGGGCGCCGUCAGCGUCGUGCUGCCCUGUACCAUGGAGCCGCAUCGUUGGUUGCCGCUGGAGGCCAACCCCGACGUCACCAAUCAGUUUCUCAAACAGUUAGGUAUACAUCCUGACUGGCAAUUUGUAGAUGUCUAUGGUAUGGAACCAGAACUGCUUAGCAUGGUGCCAAGACCUGUAUGUGCAGUGCUACUUCUCUUUCCAAUAACAGAAAAGUAUGAAACCUUCAGAACAGAAGAAGAAGAGAGGAUAAAAGCUAAGGGGCAAGAUGUCAAAUCAUCAGUGUAUUUCAUGAAGCAGACUAUUAACAAUGCUUGUGGAACAAUUGGGCUAAUUCAUGCUAUUGCCAACAACAGAGAGAAAAUGAACUUUGAAACCAAUUCGUCACUGAAAAAGUUCCUAGAAGAUUCUUUAUCUAUGACGCCUGAAGAGAGGGCCAAAUAUCUAGAAACUUACGAAGCAAUUCGUGUCACUCAUGAAUCCAGUGCCCAUGAAGGUCAGACUGAGCAGAGCACUUUAACUGUUGCUGUUUCAUAUAAUGAUGAAGGGAUUGAUGAACAGCAUGCCCUUGAAGAUGCUGAAGUUAAUGUAUGCAGGUCAUGCAAGGAUGUUGACUUGUCCUGCAGGGCACCAAGUAUAGAUGAAAAAGUAGAUCUUCACUUUAUUGCAUUAGUUAACGUAGGUGGUCAUCUCUAUGAAUUGGAUGGACGCAAGCCAUUUCCAAUAAACCAUGGGGAAACUAGUGAUGAUUCUUUCUUAGAGGAUGCAAUAGAAGUUUGCAAGAAAUUCAUGGAGCGUGACCCAGAGGAAUUAAGAUUUAAUGCAAUUGCACUGUCUGCAGCUUAAAACUUUUCCAUUUGGGCUAACCUAUUGCAGUGUAUUGUAACAACAUAACUGUUGCCAUAUGUUAAUAGUACAAGUUUUGAUACUUCUCUAACAAGUUGAUUAAUUGUAGCACAUGUGGAAUAAACUUUGCAUUUGUCCUUGAUACAACUUGCUGCUUGUUCCUGAAGCAAAUUCAUGUAUUUAUACACGCGCAUGCAUUUUGUGCAAGACUUGUGUAUGGUGGGGUUUUCUCCUUCUACCCCCUUAAUAGUUUUGGAAAUUAGUGCCUGUGAUAUUUCAUCGUAAUAAUGAUGAGCUAGAUGAGCGGGGGACUGUCGCUCAUACCAUUUUCAUAUAAUAUUUUGAGUGGAAUAUGGGAUACUGGGCAAAAACUUGAAAUAUGAGGUUACUUGCAUCUUUUAAUUAAAAUGAUACAAGAAGAUUAUAAGAACUUUUGCAGGUAGCUCAGAAGAUAAAGGCACUAUUUUUCAUUGAAUUAUUUAUAAAUACGUGGAAGGAAAAAAAGGCCAGAAGGACUGUUUCUUCUUACUGGUGCUCAGGAAUAAUGUUUUAAAAAUUCUUAUCUUUACAUUUUGGAUAACAUUAAUUUUGUUUUUCAAGCCUAAUAAUGUUAAAGCUUUUUAAUAAUUUAUUAGUUAAACCAGUGUAUGCGAUUUGUAUUUGUGGGAAAACAACAUGAAUUUUUAUCUCGGAAAAACCAAGCAGUAAUUAAUGUGGUCACUAAUGGUAGGACUGCAGAGAGAACACACGAGUGAAUACAACAAAAUGAAGCAUCUCACCUCACUGAAAUAAAUGCUAGAAAAAGUAAUAACUGUUUUGAUGAAGUUGUUUAGAACAAGACCACAUUCUAUAGAUCUUCAGAUGAACAUGAUGGCUAUAUACUUUUAUUCCAUGUAGGAAUAUCUAUUGUAAAUGUGUCAGGUGGCACUACUGACUGCUGUGUGAUACCUUUCCCCUUUGCCAUCCCCUGAAUCUUAAGGUAUUGUUGACCAAUUUCUACACUUGUAGUAGUAAUGAUAAAACUUUUUUUUUGUUUGCUUUUUUUUUUGCUAAGCAAUUUUGUGCUUUAGGAUUCUUGUGCAAGUAGGUUUUGCUUAUUGUGCAUAUUUCAGAUAAGUAUUUAUUUGAAUCAUUUCACUGCAGAGCAACAGGUUUGCUUCCAGUCAAGACCACUGCCAAAGGAAACUGAACUCUGUGUCCCCUAGGUGCUUUCAUUCUCUAUUAAUUGUCAUUGCAGGAGAAACAAAUGGGAUUAUGCCAAAAGCAACUUGGCCGAAUUUUCCUUCUUUACAGAAAAGAAAGAGGCCUGGCAGGCUGUCUUAUCACUUCAGAGCAUCUUUUGUUCUUCUAAAGAGGAAGUCAGAGUGUCUGUCUAAAAAUCUCACCUGCAGAGUCCACUAACAACAAGAGUCUAUUUCCUAUGAGUGAGCUGGCUGGAAAAGUGAGAGGGAAGCACAAUACUAAUGAGCUUCCCUUUGGAGCGUUUUCUUCACCCCAAUAAAAUGUACUAGCAUUAA